UUGGUAAAAUACUACUCUCUAUUCUUCCAAACUCUCUCUCUCUCUCUUUUGUGUGCUUCUCUCCUUCCUUGGAGAGUUCUAGCUUGAGAGGCUAGAUAGAGUAAUAGGCUAACUUAGAGGUGGUUCCGGAAAACAAAGCUUCUAAGUACCGCAUGGGUACCUGAGGAAAUUUCAAGUCCACAACGGACAAUAUUUCUAUUUAAAAGAGAUCCCUUCACCCAAAAAACAGAGGUUUGGAUCCUUGGAGGGAUUUCUUGAGUUCAAGGCCAAUGGCAUGGAAUCCAUCUUCCGUAGUAUAUAUUGUAUAAAGGUGAUCCAGUGUCAUGAUUCCAGAAGAAAGUAAGAGGAAGCACAAGGUGCCAACAUGGUGCGGACUGGCGCAGCCACCCAAAGAAAGAAGGUAUAGGCUUGAGAAGCCUGCAAAGGAAUAUGUGGCCUGGUAUGGACCAGUAUUGAGAGUUGCAAGGCUAGUUGAACAUGUAAUCAAAUUAAUUAAGAAACAGAGUAGAGCUUCAAGGCUCACUUUCUCAGAUGCCACCAAGAAAGUCACAGAAUUAGAAAAGGAUAACCCUGCAUACAUCUCAAGUAUCAAAGCACUGGAGCAAUAUAUGGUGGUUCAUGGACAAAUGAAACUUAAAACUAUUUGCAGAGCAUCCAGAGGAAGAUGGGAAGGGAAGGCAAUCAGGCAAAAAGGUUCCAAUAAGGCUCUGUAUAAAUGUGCACUGGUCCAUGGGGUUUUGAUAACCAUUGGUGGGGCAGUAAUAGUCACUGCUGAUGACUCAGAAAGGGUGCCAACCAUGGCUCUGGUGGAGUACAUGUUUGAGAAGAAAGAUGGUCUAAAAUUGGCUCAUGGAAGGAUACUGUUAAAGGGAUCUCAAACGGUUCUUGAGAAUGCUGCAAAUGAGAGGGAGGUGUUUUUGACCAAUGACUGUAUGGAUUUUGACUUAAGAGAUGUCAAAGAAUCUAUUGCCUUUGGAGUUUUACUGUAGAAGCUUAUAUUACCCUGGAAAAGGGGCCUCUUUUGCUCUUCCUGUUGAAACUUUAGGCCUCGGAACUGGGGGACUGCAGUGCUUGCAAAAUAAGAGAAACCCAAAGGGAACAUUUCAAAUCAGUACUUCUAAGACCAGUUUCGUCUGCAGGAAAACAAGCUAUAAAGUAAAUGAUUUUGUGUACGUGAGGCUUCAGCACUUCAGUGAGGAUACCAGUAACCAUAAAACCUACAAAUAUGGGAGAAUUGUGGGUUUGAAAGCCUAUGUAGUUUGCCAGUUGCUUGGAAUUGAAGUCUCCACAGAGUGCACAAAGAUCACCCAAGAUUCGGCAAAGCUUAAAGUCAGGAGAUUCUACAGACCAGACGAUCUAUGGAAGUCAAAAUCAUACAGUUGUGAUAUAAGAGAAGUGAGAGCUGGAGUGGUUGACAUCUCUUAUUUCCCACCUUUUUGGUGUUUUCUUCGCUGUUUUGCACUGUUCCCAAUUUAUUAAUCAAUGAAAAAGUAUGGUGUUUAUCCACCAU